AUGGGUAAAGUGAGCGCUUAUCGCACAGAAUCUUCAGACACAAACAAAGAAGAUCAUAACACAGGCAAUUAUGAUCGGCGGCGCGAGCAAGUUCGACGAGCACAGAAGAAACAUCGCGACCAGAAAGACAAGAACUGUCGUAUGCUCGAAGAUGAGCUCCACAAACUCUAUGGACUCCUCUCCGCAAUGGAUGAGAUUCGAGGUCUUCAUCAAGAGAACACUAUUCUCAAAGAAAUCAUGGCCCGGUAUUCAAUCCCUCUUCCACACAUUCUUCAAAGCAAUCCAGCAUUGGCAGAAGUAAGCCUAGUGGGUGAUAGUGGCUCAAAUCAGCAAAUUUUGGUCAAGGUCCCUGAGUAUCAGGUAGAGAGUGACCAUAGUGUCGCUCAGUGUUGCAAUAUAACAACGGGAAACCCUCAAAUCCAGGGUGUACAUGAUCUGUUCGAUCAACCAAUCGAUACUUUACAAGCAAACCAUCAGCCCAAGCCUUCAUAUUUCCUCGGCAAUCGAAGAUUUGCUCAGAUGGGUGUGGACUUCGUGCUAUCUCUGGAACAACCUUGCCUCUUCCACACGCAGCCCCUAGGUGAAGAAGAGCCCUCUGGACAUGCCUUGUCUAUGCAAGGACUUUUGUUAUCGUCAGCGCCUUCUGUGCUACAUGAUAAGACUUCCUGGGAGAUUCCCGCUCAGCAGCUCGAAAAGCUUUUUGAACUCUCGGGAUCUCUUGGUCUGAAUGGCUACAUCACUCCAGUCCAGGCUUGGAACAGGAUUGUUAGCCGAUUUAGUAUUGAGAACUUACCUUGUGAUAAACUCGACAUGCUGAGAACUGCCAUGAUCCCACACAUUAAAUGUUACGGGUUCGGUGCACUUAUGGAAGAGGAGAUUUUUGAGUCACUCAUGGGAACCGUCCUCCUUGAAACCUAA